UUUCGGGAUGCCAGUUUUAUGUACUGUGGGCCAACAAUAUUGGCCAAUGGCGUUGGCAGAGAACAAGUCAAUAGCGCCUCCACUCGCCACCAUAAAAAUAUUUGGUCAGCAAUGAAUCUUGGUCUCUCCCGGGUGACCCGUCUUCCUGUGGUCGUUCACAUCAACGCAAGAAUGGCAUCCACUUCCUCUCCAACUUCAAUUAUUCUGCCUCUUAAAAGACCUCGUGAAAGCUCAGUACCGGCACAAAGCGAAGUCUCACAACCCGCCCCAGCCACGAGUCAGCGAUUUAAAAACAGUAUUGUUUUGGCGCCAAUGCAUGGCGCUACGCUUGUCUGGGGCCCUGAAAUCGUAGACCGGGCCAUGCUUCACGCUAAAAGAGUGGUCGAUGCCGAGCGGCCUUACUUGAUAUAUCAGAUUGGGUCAUCCACGCCUUCACUUGCGGUUGCAGCUGCUUUGUUAGUAUCGAGAGAUGUAUCCGGUGUCGAUCUUAAUUGUGGCUGCCCGAAACCUUUCUCUACUUCAGGUGGAAUGGGUGCCGCAUUACUCGACACACCGGACAUUCUCUGUGAAAUCCUCACCUCUUUGCGAAAAGCUCUUCCGGCGCAUAUAUCCGUUUCGUGCAAAAUACGAUUACUUCCUGAUCAAGGCAAAACACUGGAGUUGGUGAAACGAAUUGUCAAGACUGGGAUCAGGGAGAGAGCAAUCAUUGAAAGGCUAAAGGAGAUCGUCGACUUCGUUCAUGGAAUGAAAGAUGACAACGGAAACCAAUUGGAUAUCGCUGUCUUGGCUAAUGGUGACGUAGAAGGAUGGAAUGACAUGAUGCGUGUCCGAGACAUCACUGGGGCUGACGGAGUGAUGGUUGCGACUAAGGCAGAAGAAAAUCCGACAUGUUUCUCUGAGCAAAUGCUUGGAGUAGAAGACCUCGUGGCCAAAUAUACAUCCAAUGCUUUUGGAAACACCAAACACUGCAUCUCCUCCUUCAAAUCAGCACCCGGGUUGCUAAACCAAAAGUCGACCUUGAAAGUCCUCCGAAACUUGAUUGCAAGUGCAAAAGAUUAUGAAGGAUUGCGUUCCUUAGUGCACGAUCGUCAUGUCGCAGAGGUCGCACGUGGAUCGCAUACUCAAGACUUCGACGAAGAAACUUGGGGAGGUGAACGUGAAGUCGAAGAAUUCGUCAAAAGUAUAAAAUCCCGUUCUCCGCCAGCUUGGUGGGUAGGUGUUGAAGAGUGGGAGCGUCUUAAUCCAGAUAUUGUUCGACCAGAGGGGAUGAGCCUCGACGAAAACGGGAUCAAGGAACUUUUAGAACGGGAAAAAGAGGAACGACCUCGAAAGAAAAGUAAAGUGGACAAGGGGGCUGCACAAACCGCGGUAGAAGAGGUGACAUCCAUGACACCUGCACAUACCACGAAUCCUGAAAUCGGGGCUCUCGGCACUCCAGGGCCAAUAUUUGCCACAUACGUACCCCCGCUGGUCGCUGGUAGAAACGAACGUAGUCCCAGCCCCGAACGGCCAGUGUCCAAUGCGGCCACUUUGGUUGGAUUGUACUGGGUUCACAGAUCUGACUCGGAUAAUUCUUACCCUCAGCCCAUUCAACCAAACUUGAACCCCAUCAUCGAAUUGGGAUAUGGGCCGCACGCUGUGUUUGUAGGUACAUCGUCUAUUAUCGACGAAGUUACCCAUCAACCUCUCCUCUCAAUCCUAUCGGCCGUUGUGGAGACAUGCGUCAAGUUAAGAUCGAAAGGUCAUAAAGUCGUGCUCGUUAGCUCUGGCGCAAUAGGGGUUGGGAUGAAAAGGAUGAAGCUCCCUAGUAAACCGAAAGCACUGUCCGGAAGACAAGCACUCGCAGCGAUUGGUCAAGGCCGACUGAUUGCUCUCUGGGAUAAUCUUUUCAGUCACUUGGCUCAGCCGAUAGCCCAGAGGACAAGAUACCUAAACGCUGUCAAUACCUUUAGUGAAUUAUUCGCGAUGGGAGUGAUUUCCAAGCAGCGGUACCACGGCUCUGAUCAACCAAUCCAGGAAAUUCGCUUUGGCGAUAACGACAGUCUUUCAGCCAUCACAGCCUCCAUGGUGCAUGCAGAUUACCUCUUCCUCUUGACUGAUGUGGAAGCUCUCUACACGUCGAAUCCGCGAAAGGACCCCCAGGCAAGGGCCAUUGAUGAAGUGGAAUCGGUGGCUGAAAUUAGAAAAUCUGUCAGUACUUCAACCUUGGGUUCGAAACUUGGGACCGGCGGAAUGGAGACCAAGUUAAUUGCGGCCGAGAUUGCAACGGCUGGAGGUGUGGCGACCGUUAUAACGUCUUCUAAAAAUCCGGAGAAUGUAUUCCGAAUAAUCGAAUACCACACGAGCAAAUCGGCGGGGAGAACGCCACAUAUCAGUCCCUCUUCUGAGGAAACAGCGGUGCCUUUGGACUCUGACACAAAAGACAUAACCACAAGCAAUGUCUCUACUUCUGACCUGAUACGACCCCCUCAUACUAUCUUCAAGCCAUCUACGACUCCCCUCAGGGAUGUUAAGUCAUGGACCGCUUACACGCUUGCACCGGCCGGUAGCGUCCUUAUCGAUGCUGGUGCCCAUAGAGUACUUUCUCAAAAGAAUUCUGGUGGUCGCCUCUUGGCAGUCGGAGUGAUUGGCGUUUCAGGCGAGUUUGCGAAUGGUCAAGCAGUCCGGAUUGUGGUCAGAAAACGGUUAGAAAGUAAUGCAAGCGGCCAUGCUACCCAUCAUGCCACUGCAAGAAGACGCUCAGCUAUGGGUGACAGUACUGGAUUCGGAUCAUUUGACUCGCACCCAGGCUCGCCUUCAACACCUGCAACUCCAAAACUAAUACCAACUUCCCUAUCAGCCAUGUCUAUAUCGGCUCUUGAGCCCUUCUCUCGCCCCGAAUCCAGUGCAAAUGCGGAUCAAUCAGAUAAAGUAGAUGCUACUCCUGUCGCUGGGGUAGUGACAUUACCUACAGCGGAUGAAAUCGAUCCAGAUACUUCAAAGGCUACUUCAACGUCUACUGAUGCAUCACCCAAUCUUUCCACUACCCAGUUUGCCGUAGAAAAGCCGAAGGAAACGAAGUUGCAGUUUUCUGGAGUGAUCGGUACGGAGGAGGGAUGGGUCGAUAUAGAA